CCUGCACUUGUCAAAGGGCACUGAUCGCAAAUUACAUCACAGUUGUGCCCAUAGACGCACACGCAUAUGACACCCGAGGCAAACCUGUCUCCUAAAUUACUAUACCGACUGGACACUUUUUAAACCGACUUUUCAUCAUUUGAUGCCACGAUGUUGCCGUUCAAGAGAACUUUUGAGAGCGAAAAACACCAGCUGCAGGAGCUCAACGGCAGACUUGCUCAGUAUCUCUCCAGAACGAAGCAGCUGGAGCAAGAAAAUGCGCAUCUGAUCGCUGAAAUAAACAAACUCAGACAAACGAAGACGGUGGAGUUGGAGCCGAAGUACAAGGCCGAGAUGCGGGAUCUGAGGAGAAUGGUGGGGCAGCUGUCGUUGGAGAAGUCCCAGGCUGAGAUGGAGAGGGAGAAGCUAUGGCGGGAGUUGCAGAUGGUCCAGUCCUUGUGCAGCGAGCAGACCGAGGUGUGCAGGGACAUCAGUGGCGAGCUGAAAGGCUGCGAGAAUGAUCUCCACAGCGCCCACAAGACCAACGCCGAACUCCAGCAGCGUCUGUUUCAGCUUGAGAACGAGUAUAAGUGUUUGGAGGAUGCGCACAGGCAAGAAAUGAACCAUCUCCGGUGUCAGGUGGAGUCCCGGGUGGUGCCCAUCAUCACGCAAUCUUACCGCGGCCCCCCGGUGGCCACCGUGGAAGAGGUGCAAGAGUAUGCCCGGGAUCUGUCCGAGGGGUGGAUCCAGACCUUUGAGAUGUACCAGCAGAAGGUGGAGGAGAUGGAACAGUCGAUUAAAGCGGACCAGGCCAGGCUGAGUGAUCUGCAGAGGGAAAAGAUGAUGUACGCCUCAGAGUUGGACAAAUUACGCAAAGAGGCUGAAAAACAAGGCCACAUUCAGCUGCGCCUUGAAGAAGAACUGAUGCACAUGCAGGAAAAAUUCCACGCGGACUUCAGUGAAUAUCAGAUGAUUAUUGAGCAACUGGAGCAUGAGAGGAACACGAUGGCUGAGACCAUAGAAGAGAAGAUGCGAGAACAUCAGCACCUUCUCCAGGUUAAGAUGGAUCUGGGCAUGGAGGUGGCUGCCUACAGGGCUCUCCUGGAGGGUGAGAGAGUGGGUAUGCAAGAUGCUCAUAGAAGGGUGAAUCAACAUCAGAGAGAAAGAAUAAUAGAUAUCAAGAUGCCUGCCCAACCUUACACACCAAGAGCUUCUACCUUAACCACCAGACAACAUAUGGAUAUCAGGUACACGCCACCAACAUCAAGCCUGAGAAGAUCCCCUGUUCCUCCCUCUGGGUCCAUAAGUCCCUCCAGGGUCAUUCCUAUUUCAGUUGCAGGCAGAGCUCGGCAUCAGAGUCCUGCAUCCAGAAGGGACAUGAUCUCAUUCACCAAAGCUCGGGCUGCUGCUUCUGCCCCCGCUGCUACCACUACUACCACCACUGCCGCCAAAGAUAAAAAAACAGGCCAGAGCGAAAACCUUAUGAAUCGAGACAUGCAGAAAACAACAGCAGAGGAGAAAACUGUGAAAAUCAAACAGGUCUCUCAGGAGGAGUACAAAACUAGUCCUAUCAAGUCCCCCACUGCCGACACCAAAUCAGUGAGAGUGGUGUCACCGCCGAUGAUGAGCCUGAGCAUGAAAACUGAGACGGAAAACAAAGAGAAAGUGUCAGAUGAAACAGAGAUAGAUAAUGUUUAUGACAGCAAGUUCAAAGACAAAGGGAAAACGAAGUCGACGACAGAGCCAAGUGAGAAGAAGAUAUUAGAUUCUGUGUCUGUAGAGGAAAUCAUUGAGAAAGUGAUAAAACCAGCAGGUUUGGAAGCUAAGGUUUGCUCAUCGGGAGAAUCUGAUGUCAGAUAUCAUGUGGAGAAAACUGAGCAGGAGGAUGGCAUGACUAAAACACAGAUUGUGCUGGAGUCCAAGGUGGAAGAAGAAGUGGAUAUUUCUGAGGACUCUGCCCUGGAUGAACUUUUGAACCAAGGUGUGAAGAAGGUGUCACUGGAGGACAUCAAGGACACAGCAACAGGAAGCAUGAUCAAGAGUGACCUGCACGGAGCAGAGAACCUGCAGAACAGAUCUGUAAAUGUGGAAAUCAUUGAAGAACCAGUGGAUUCCCACAGUGACGAGGAGCUAGAGGUUGAACAGAAGUCCAGAUCUACUUUUUAUGAGCCCUCCUCAAUGUAUUUCCAAAUUGAAGAGCUAGAGAAUGUCCCUCAUGAUCCUCACGCUCAGAGGAGUGAUGAUGAUGCCAUGAAAUCCUCCAUGACAGACACAGAUCAUCCCAAGGGUGAUUCUGUCCAUGUUGAGGAGAUCUCUAGACAGAGUGAAUCUUCAUAUUUCUCUCAUGACCAAGAGUCUCACGAGUAUUUUGUCUCUACACCAGAUGAUAACCUUUCUGAAACCGAGGAGGGUGGCGGCAUCACCUCGUACGGCCACUAUGGUGUUGUAGAUGACCUGUCAGAUGAGAGGUAUUAUCAAGAUGAAAGACUUCCAUCAAAAAGAGUGAUUGUAGAGGAGAGUGACGAAUACAAGUUCAUGCCAGAUGAUCACUCAUUUGUCAAAGAGAGUUUCCCAGAAUGCAUCAUUGAAGAAGAGGUUCGUGUUUCCCCUGUGGUGCAGGAGUCAGUGCUUGAGUUCCUGAGAGAGGACUCUUUGGAGCCCAAAGAGCAGCUUAAGGGAGCUCUGGAAAAGCUACAAAGCUCAGUUUCCGGUCCUCUGAGGGAGGAGUUGGCUUUCCUUACAAAAAUGAGUAGUGAAAGUCCACAGAAUGUGGCUGUCGAUGUCAAAAAAGUGCAGCAGUCAAGUGACAAUGGAACCAUGACUAUAGUUGCUGAGCUAAAUGUCUCUCAAACUCUGGAAGAAUCAGGGCUGCUGGAGACAGGAGAUGAUCUGUCUGAUGAGCAGAUCAUGGCAGCUCUUAGAUCUUCUAACCUAGGGCUUGAGAAAACCUUCCAGAGUGGGGCAGGAGGAGGGUACAGCUUCAGAGUUACCAAAGAAGAGGAUGUUGCCCAUGGUGAAGAGUUGGAAGGCUUCACAAACUUAGGAGAAUCUGUGUCUGAAAUUACUGAGAAACAUAUCAAACUGGGGCCAUCAGAGAAGUCCUUUACCUUCCAGAUGGACGUACAGGGGGGCCAAUCUGAGGCAUCCUCAGAGCAAGAGCUGAAAUCUCAAAGCUUGGAGACCCCAGUAAAGAUUUCUCAAGAGAAAAAAAUUGCAACAAUUUACCUUGAAAGUCCCACAGAUGACUAAGAAAGAAAUAAGCCAGAAAUAUUUCCAAACUCAGUACUUGCCAGCGCAUCACUUGAUGAGUGCACAUAUAGAAGCUGCUUUCACAAAUGUGCUACCCGACAUGGACAUUUGGUGGACUUUAUCCUGCCAGAUCCCUACUAUAAAGUCUGUGUAAUGUCCGAGCAUGCUGAUAGAGAUAGAGCAGGUAAUUGUCCAGAAAAAUUUAAGUGAGUGAGUGGGUGUGUUGAUGAUGUUCUCUCCUGCAGUGCCGGUCUCCUGCAUGCUCUACCUGCAAGCACCACCCCUCUCCUAAAUCAAACAGAACAUUUCCAGUAGGUGAGAAUGUGUCUCAGCAAAGGAGAAUGUCUGGACCUGAUACUCUGGACAUUGUCCAGAGUUCAUAUGUGAAAACAGCUAGAGAGAGAGAGAGAGAGAGAGAGAGAGAGAUCCCAUAUUAAUGCUGAUUGCUGACACUGAAAUAAUGCUGUAUUUUUUUGCAGAAAAACAUUAUAUAUUUCAUCUACUUAGGGUGUGCACCUCACAAUUCAAGGAAAAUGUUCUUAUUUAGUUAAAAUUACCAGAUUAAUACAUAUUUUUAUGGCAUUCAUUGCAGUAGUACUACUAUUAAAAAUACUCAAUGCUAACUAAUAUAAGAUAGAUAAAGAUUGUAACAUAUCCAUAUUGUAGCAAUUUUUAUGGUAGUUAAUACUGAUGGAGUGCUGCGCUGAUAUACGUUGACCUUUUUAUAGCUUGCAGUUUAUCUUUAAGCAGUUUUGUUUACUCUCUAGAUUUCUCUAUUUUUGUACUAACCUGUGCUGUACAGCCUGUUCUGCAGUUUACAGCAUGCCAUCAACCCAACCCAUGGCAGUGUCUACCAUGAUGUUGAGUCUUCUUAGUCAACAUUUAAUACAGACCAACAUAUGAUGGUUGGAGCUAUGAGGUGCUGUGCACCAUUUGCAGACUGGGCCUUUGAUUUUUCUUUUGUCUUGGGCACUGCUACCAAAUUGAAUGAUGUUAGUAUAUGCCACAUCCUAGAACACAAGGGUUUAUUUUAAGGAGUAGUGGCUGGUGUGAACAGAACAUAGUUGAGCUUGUAGCUGACAGUAUAGAGAAAGUGAAGAAAAAGAUGGUUGAUUUGUUUCAUGAAAUUUUUGCACGUUUUCAAUGCUGAAGGUGUAGUGCAAGUAAAUGUGGCACUUAAGUGGUUGUUCAGUAACUCACAGUGAGGUAUUGUCAGAUUAUUUAACUUUACUCACAACUAAUGGCAAAUAACACAUUUUUAAUAAUCCAAAAAAAAGAACUGCCCAUUAUAUAGCCAAAUGUGGGUUACAUAAUCAAUUUAUUUAAUGUGAAAAAUGUUUAUAAAAAGUUUAUCCUUUUAUGUUAUGUGUCAAUACCAUUUCUAAUUUCUCAAAGGUGAACAUUUUGCUCUGAAUAUUUGAUUAGUGAGUUAGGAAUUCAUAAUGGUAGAUUAUACCAUCAAGACAUCCAAAAGAGGGUUGUUGAUUUGAAAAGCAAAUAGUAAGAUGAAAGAAUGAGAAGUAGUAGCAGAUGCAUUAAGGAUACAGCAGUAGUAUUGCUAAGGGAAUAUAAUCACAUCUGCUUUUGAUGUAUGUCGUGUCUGGAUGCCAUUUGCUUGUCCACUUUUAUCAGUUUUUUUCACAGUGUUGGCUUGAGGGAUUCACCUUUACUCUGACAUAACAGUGUGUUCGUGUCCGCGACUAUUUUUGGAUCAUCUGCUUAGUGGCAUUGAGUGUUCACUAGGGUUUGUUGUGUUGUUGUGUGUACUAGUUGCAGAGGCAGAAAUGGCCCAGUAUGAUUACCGCCUGGUUACAUAUUUCACACAUUUUGACUUAGUGGCUGUACUAAUUUAGAGCAAGCAGAGCAAUGCCUUCACAGAUUGGCUUUUUGGCACUAUCAUGUUAAAACAACGUGCAGAAAAAACAAUGUUCAGAUCAUAAAUAUAUUCAUUGUUAACAUUUAAAAAAAUAAAACUAAAAGUUCUAUUACAUCAGUGCACUAAUAUUAUGGCUUAAUAAGGAAUCCUUGUUAUUGUACAUGUGUGUACUCAGUGUAAUCUGGAUACCAUGUGCCAUUUCAUAGCAAACUGUCUACAUCAGCAUAAAGAAAAUCAAUUGAUGUAUAAAGAAUGUUUGAUGAGUCAGUGUUCAAUAAGUGUUAGUCACCAUGGAUAGCCCAACCUCUUUGCUUUUAUUGACAUCUUGAUUUCUACUGACAUUUUUGCUUUGGUUUAAACUGGUUCCAGUCCUUACUUGGAAAUUGACUCAUAUCUUAACACAAUUAAAACCUAUUGUGGGUA